UUGCGCUUUAUGCCAUUUCGUGUCUUUGAGAAGAAUGACAAACAUUCUUUCCAUGUUCGCUGCCUCAGCUGCAAUCAUAGUUGUAUGUAACUGCGUGUCAACGAAAAUAGAUUUUGUUGAGAGUGAAAAAGAAAGUGAUUCCAAAGAAGAUGAUGUAGAGGUGAAACACACGAUUGUCGUUUCGACUAAACUUAAAAAUAAAGGACUACAUUCAACAGCUCCACCUGAUGCUCUAUUCCUGUCGAGAGGAACCAAAAAAACAAAACAGGAAGACAGCGGAGAAGUGCCCAUAGUAAAAGCUUACAAAUCAGUUGAUACUACAUUAAUAAGAACACCAGAUACAAGAUACAAACCGACUCAAAGACCAUAUAUCAUUAGGGAUGAGUUUGACUUAUACCCAAACACGGCGUUUUCCCAAUGGCAACCAUCUUCAUUCUACAAAAAUAUUAACUAUUGGAACGAAUUCAAUAGACCCAGGACUAAUCAUAGACAAGACCCUCGCAGAAGAAUUGAUGAUGAAUCUCGAGAGUUCUAUUGUCGAAAAUGCAAAGAACUUAGUAAUGGAUCAAAUAGAGGCUGUGGGCAAAACCCAAAUUCUUGGUUACGUGAGAGCACAACUCCUAAAGUAAAGGUUGAUGGCAAAUUAGCGAAAUUAAAAUAAUGAUAACAAAAAAGAUUACCUUGAGCCAAGUUCAUUGUUAUAAGAUGGCUGAGAUUAAUGAUUGUUAGCAUCGCAGACAUUGCGUUGUUCAAUUUGAUGGUUAAAUUACCGAGCGACACGAGGUUUCUCGAAUAUAAUCUUUUUCAUACUUUGAUACUAUAUUUAUGAAAAUAUUAUGUAUGUAUACAAAAAUAGUGAUAAGUUUACUAGAAUAGAACAAACGCACAAUGUUAAUACUCGGAACAAACGCAGACUGCA